AUGCAGGCGUAUCGCGGACACGCCGGCAAAGGUGUCCUCCUCUCUGAAGUUCGCAACGUCUCCCUCGACCCGCCCAGCAUCCAGCUCAUGGACUCGGGCGCGUACACGAUCCAAGAGUUCAUCUGCAAGACCUGCGACGCCUACCUCGGCUGGAAGUUCGCGCGCGCGCACGACUCCCCCGAGCGCUGGAAGGAGGGCCACUUCGUGCUCGAGCUCGACCUCGUCGCCCCCCUCGACGACGACGGCUCCUUCCCCCCGGGCCCGCCCGCCACCGCUGCCGCGGCCGCCGCGCUCCUCAACCAGUCCAUCAUCCCCCUCCACAAGCGCACGAUGUCCGGGCCCGUCGGCGCCGGCCCGGGAGCUAGGCCGAUGGGGCCCAGGCAGAGCGUGCGGAGUCUGCAGGCGGCGCCGAAGUCGACCGGGCCGCCCCCGCCGCUACCGCAAGCACGGGCGAGCGCGGGGAUGGGGAGGCCGGGAGUGGAGGACUUUGAGGACGGGCCGUUUUGGACGCCACGGUGA